CUGCUCCUUACAAAGGGGAUUAGACCACCAACAUCCCCGCAUUUGAUUAGAAGCACGAGCCACCAGACUCGGACUCACUACCAUCCUCCUACUUCCGUCAGACGCAAGUAGUGCAGAAGAGCAUUCCCGACAGGACAGGACAGGCAGUGCAACAGGUCAUCACUCGGCUUGCCAACGAUUGCUGCCAGGAUGGACGGCUACAACUUCAAUCCAACAUCGGCCUGGUCGCAGACGGCGCAGUUCCUGCCUCAAGGGCAUGGCUUUGAGUCCGCCGAGGUGUCUUCUGCUCGCCAACAGAUGGUCAACGAUUUGCAGCGAGCUACUGAUGCCUUGCGCAAUGCUGCCAACAGCUUCGAGAACUUCUCGAGGAUCAUCUCACGUACGAGCAAUCCUACCGUCGCCCAGACCAAUGGCCGCGCAAACGAGAUUGCCAACUUCCUCCAGAACCACGGACAUCUUCUGCAAUCGACGUCUGCGGGCACUGGAGGCAGCCCUGUUCUAGCUGCCCAGGCAUCGACGGCAGCACAGGCUGCACCUGUAGCAAGCGCACGCAGCACCUCUGUUCCCGCUGAUGACGCCGAGGGGCAGGCAAAGAAGAUCAGCAAGAGACAGAAGAAGCUCAUGAAGCAGGCCAGAGAUCCAGACGCGCCCAAGCGUCCUCCGAAUGCCUACCUGCUCUUCCAGAACGAGGUUCGGGCUGAUAUGAAGGAAAGAUUCCCUGAGCUAGCUUACCGAGAUCUUCUAGGAAAGAUUGCAGACGCGUGGAAGAGCUUGAGUGAUGACGACAAGAAGGUGUAUGAGGACAAGACGACCGAAGCGAUGAAGAAGUGGGGCGAUGACAAGAAGCACCAUGAGGCAGGUCAGACCACUGUCAGGGAGGCGAGCGCCAGCAGUGAUGAGAUCAACUCCUCCGCCUAUACGCUCCCUCAGGCAGUACCCCAAACACCUGUCGCUGCAAAGGCGGCAUCGCCAGAUGUCAGUGUGACCAAGGAGAAGAAGGAUAAGAAGCGAAAGGACAAAGAUAAGGAUAAAGAGAGCGCUUCCGCAAAGAAGGAGAAGCGAUCCAAGCAGUAGGGGAUGGCUCGCAGAGCUGCCGAUGAUCGACUGCAAGGCAGAGCCAGGGUCCCGGGAAUCUAACAAAGAUCGAUUGCAUGUCUUGCUCCCCUCAUUCUUUUCCGUGUGAGCGCCCAUGUUUGGUGAAACGUCAUGCGAGACCAGU